ACGAAACAAAAAAUAAAAUAAAAUAACAAAUAAAAAAAAUGAUGAAGCAAUCAUCUGCAAAAAAAAACAAUAAUCAAGUAAAAUCUUAACAUCAUCCAGGUCAAUUUUCUGAAAAAAAAGCUUAGUUUUACCAAAAAAACACACUACCUUCCACCACCCCUUUAAAAGUACCAAACCCUGACAGCGUGAUAACAUGCUAGUAGAAAAUUCAAUAAAACCCAUUUAAUCCUCAAAAUAACAUUCUAAACAAUAAAAACAGUAUUUCCUAUUUAAACAGUAGCAAUAAUUUUCCUAAUAAUAAUGUAAUAUAGAAAAGUUCUACAUCGUAAUCACCAUCAAAGAAAAAUAAUGAAAAUUAAGAAUUAAUCAAUAAAUUAAAAUAAAUGAUAAAGGAUAAAGAUUAUAUAAUACAAAGACUUAGAGAAUAAUAAAGUAUGCCUUAAUCUUUGAAUAAUUCUCCUUUAAAAUAAUAAAAUCAUAUGUUUAAUCUUGAAAAUGUUGACUAGAAUUAAUUAAUAGGAGAAAUCGAAAGGCUAAAUUGUGAAUUAGCCAAAAGCAAAAAUUAAAUAAAAAACUUACAAUCUUAAAUCUAAAAAUUUAAUUAAUUCAUAGAAAAACUUUAAAAUGAAAAUCAGCAACUAAAAGACAAAAUUGAUGGAAAGUUAUCCUAAAAUAUAAAAAGUAAAGAAACAUAAACUCCUCAAAACCUUCUUCCAAAUAUUGAAGUGGAAAAACCCAUAAGAUAAGUUUCCUUAACAAACCCAAACCUUGAUUUAAUGAACUAACUAAAAUCUAAAAAUGAGGAAAUAUAUAACUGGAAAUGUAAAAACUAAGACCUCUUAAAUGAUCUAAACGAAGCCAAAAACGAUCUAAAAGAAUAUAAGGGAGAACUAUAAGAAACUAAAAACGAGCUAAAUGAUUUAAAAAAUCAACUAAAAGAUACCAGAAGUAGAUUACAAAAUGAAUAAUAAUAGAACUCUAUAUAUAUAAAAAAAGAUGAGGAAACUGUAAAGAUACACUCAUUUAAUGAAAAAUAAUUAUUAUUAAAAAUUGUUAUUUUAACUUCUGAAAUAGAACAUAUUUUAUAAAAGAAUAGGGGACUUUAAUAACAUAACGAAAAUUUGGUCAAAGAAAUUUAAUAUUUGAAUAAUUUUAUGAACUAAAACGAUUUAAAUAGUUUGGCACUAUCUUUAUAGGAAAAAAAUAAGGAAAUUUUAUAAAAAUUAAUAUUGUCUUAUUUGGAAAUUGAAAGGGUAAAUGAUGAAAAUGAAUACUUGAAAAAAUUAUAGAAAAAUAUUGAAAAAAAUAAAAAAUGUCUGGAGGAAAAAAAAGUCGAAAGUAGUGACGAUCCGAUUAUUUUAAAAUAAUAUAUAGAUGAAUUAAAUAG